ACGAUGCCUUCUUUUCUAUCUUGCAUAGGAUAUUUUGGAUCAGCUUACACCAUUGGCUGUUAUACACUUCGGAGGAACCAUUUUAAACAAGAUUCUUCAAGUAUUUGAUAGAUAUAUUGAAACAUUAAUAAAGGCCCUACCUGGCCCUUCUGAAGAUGAUAGCCUCAUGGAGUCAAAAGAUUCUUUAAAUUUUAGGGCUGAAACAGAUGCUCAGCAAGUUGCACUCUUAGGAACUGCAUUUACUGUUGCUGAUGAACUGUUACCUAUGGCUGUAUUGAAAACCUUUGCACGGAAAAUUGAGAACAAGGAAGCUGGCGGUGGAUGCAAUGAAGGCAUUGGGCAAAAUCUCGUCAUUAGUGCUGCAGAAUAUAAGGAAUGGAGGCGCCAUCUCCAACAUUCAUGGGAUAAACUUAGGGAUCAUUUCUGUAGGCAAUAUGUCCUAACUUUUAUCUAUUCUCGAGAAGGAAAAGCAAGAUUAGAUGCUCGUAUUUAUUUGGAAGGGAAAGGGGAUGAUCUUUUCUGGGAUUGUGACCCAUUGCCAUCAUUGCCAUUUCAGGUUCGGCUCUAGACCACGUGCGAGUUUGGUGUGUAAUAGAAGGAAACU